AAAAAAAUUUGUGCAGCCAUGCACGUGCAGCCAUAAUUUGCUUUCACUCUCUUCCUCUUUGUUCACACAUAUAGCACGUGAAUAGUUUUCAUUCUUCACAAUCAUCCACUGCAGCCUUAACACGUGGAUAGCUAUCCACUUAUCUUGCUUUGGCUGCCACCCAUUAUCAAUUAUACUAUCUUCUCUCUUCAGCAUAUAUAUAUAUAUAUAUAUAUAUAUAUAUACCACGACCUUGUUCUCCAACACACCAAGAGCUGCCGCACCACACCUAAAAUAGAGGCAGCCCCUUUGGGCUGCUCUCUCUCCUCUCCUCUCCUUCUUCUCCUCCAUUUUUUUCAUAAUAGUUUUAGUUUUCUUUUGGGUAUUCAUAGAAUUUCUCACACAAGCUUCAAGGAUUCAUCAAGAGCUACAAGAUUCAAGCUUUAGGUGCAUAUUUCUUAUCAUAUUGAGUUAUGGAUCAAUGGAGCUAUGGAUGGGAAGACCCAAGGGGAUAUGAGCAAGAAAGUUUUUAUGGUGGAGGUCAUCAAGUGUGGAAUUCUCAUGCGAUCGGUUCUAUGUCUUCUUGCAAUGAAACUUGUGCUUUGUGUAAUUCUCCUUGGCAUUCAUCUUUUGAGUGCUCUUUGAGAUUUGAGUGCCCGGAUUUUAUGCAAGAGUGUGAGUACAAGAUGGGCAUGUAUCAAGAGACAUUUAUACCCAAUACAUAUCCACAAGAAGAAGCUUAUGAGCCUAGUAAGGAAUUUGUUGAUAGACUACUAGCUCAAUUGCACGCCUCCCAAGCUCUAUUACAAGCCUCUCAAGUUAGUAUUUCACAAGAGACCAUGGUUUCCGAAGCAUAUCCUCAUGAGCAAGCGUAUGAGUCUAGGAAGCCUUCUCUUGAAGAAUUGCUAGCUCAAUUGCAAGCUUCCCAAGCCCAAUUGCAAGCCUCACAAGCUCAAUUGCAAGCUUCUCAAGAAAUACUUAUACACACCAAUGAGCAACUUGAGACUAGUCUUGCACAAGAGCCACCCUUCACCAUUUAUGAUCAUGAAUCUUUCUUUGACCAAGUGCAGCCUAUUUCAAGAGAAGAAGUAUAUAUCGAGCAUCUUGAGCAAGAAUCCUUUAUGCAAGUUGAAAAUGAUGAUAGUGAUGUUGAUGUACAAGAAAUUGAGGUUGGUUAUGAAAGUUUCAAUGCAAGUGGGGUGAGAGACUACACUUCGGAGGAACCAGUGCAAUAUUGGAAAUCUAAUCUUCACAAUGAAGAGGAGGUAUAUGAAGUUGAUUCCGAAGAAGAGGAUAGCUUGUCUAGUGAGGAAGAUGUGGAGCUUGAAGACUUACACCAUGAUCCCUUAAUCGUUGAGGUCGAUAUUCCCAAGGAGAAAGAGAGUCCUUCAAUACCUUGUGAUGAGCUUCCUAAGGUGGAUUGUAGAAUAUUGAGCACUUACAUUCUUAAUGAGAGGAUUGAGAUCAAGGUACUUUUACCUCUCAAUCCACCAUUAAGUGGUCAAUGUUUCUACAAUGAGGUGAUGGAUUGGAAAGGAAGUGAACCUCUUGCACUUAACCUUUCCCAUCACUCGCAAGAGCUUCUACCACCUAUUGUUCCUAUGAGCAUCAUUUCUAAUCCACUUGAGAAGGAGAAGGCAAGGUUGGCUCCUAGAAGAAAAAGUGAGAAGAGGGGGAAGACUAAAAAGCUACACUUUUGGCCACCAAUUGGAGUAUUCUUAGGUAGUUCUUGGUCUUGUCUCUAUGACACAUCGAGGAGUCCCUUAGCCCCAAACAAUAGGGUGGUCGCACUUGAGAAAUAUCCACCUUGACAAGAUCACGUUCUAUGGACCGGCAAUGAAGUCCUUAAACAAAGCGCUCGCUAGGGAGGCAACCCUAGCACAUCAUUGGUAGUAUUUCUUCCUUUAGUAGUUUACUUUUGUGGUGAAAAAAGCUUUUUGGUCAUUUUUGGGUAGAUGGGAGGUGUCCAGAGUUGGAAAUGUGAAGGAGAAUUAAUUUGGUAGCGAGCAGUUUCUGUCCUGAAAAUUCAGUUGAAUUUGGGUGACUAUAGCUUCUAUUCUACAUGUUAUUUUGAGCUGAAAUUUUCUGAAGCUAUUCUCCUAUAUGUCUACUAAUUUGAGCCAUUUUGAGUCUCUGGAAAUUCAAUUAUUUGAUGGUCAAUGAAUGAGGGUCAGAACAGAAAUAGCUACUGUAGAGUGACUUUGAGAAGCUCUACCCUCUACAUAUCAAGCUAUUUGGAGCUAAAAAUUUUCAGAGAUGUAUCUUCACAUGUCCUCUAUACACAAAAGAAACAGUUUUUAAUUUUAACCUUCCUAGCUUCAGAUAUUGUGUUCCAAGUGACAGAGGUCAGAAACAGGGCAUAGCAGAAACUGCAGAACAGAUCAGUGAGUUUGGAGGCUAACGAUUUUUGACUCAUAAUUUAUUUUCAAGUGAAAUUUUAACCAAAGGCAGCUUCAUGAGUCUAGUUUUAUAUCCAGUUGGUCUCAUCCUCUUUGCACCUCUGGAGCUUCAGAUAUUUCUGUGUUGGUGACUGAGGGUCAGCAGAAAACUUCAUGACAGAUUAGCAAGUUUGACCAGCUUUAAUUUGCAUUUCAAUUGGAGAUAGGUGGCUAACUUUAUAUGGAUAGAAAGCUCUCUGAGUCUACUUUCCAUUUCCAGUGGCCUCACCUGAUUAUCACUUUCUGAGUAUGAGUUAUAGACAUUUGAAGACAGAAAGGUCAUUGCUGGAAGUUUUCUGCACUCACUAGUUUGUGUUCACUCGGGUGGUUGGACUUCUUGCACUUCAAUUCUUCAAUGAAGGUCAUUGUAGGGCUGUUGUGAGGUGUAUUGGAGGUGAUCAAGGCCAUGUGCUUAAUGAAGGACCUUGUCCUUAUUCUUUGGUAGCCUAUUUGUGACGCAUUGUUCUUUGGACACUAUAUAUUUUUCAAUGGAGUCGAUCUUUCUUGAGCA